UAAUCUGUUAACACGCACGUAUGUUUUGUGUUGCGGCGGUUGUGUUUCAUAAUUUUCGUUUUCGUUAAAUUUAUUUUUUAUAAAUAAAUAGUUACGAGAAAACAUUAAAAAUGCCGAAUUCUAAGAUAGAACAAUUCGAAAUGGAAACAAAGCCUCUGAAGAAAACAUCAAAACAGAAGUUUUCUGAUUUCUUUUACAAUGAAGAAACGGGAGCGAUUAUGGGAAGAACUCCUGAAAGUUGGGGUAAAAUUAUAAUAUUCUACGUAAUAUUUUACAUCGUCCUAGCGGCUUUAUUUGCCAUUUGUAUGGUAACCUUUCUUCAGCAUUUCAUUAACCCUCGUGUGCCGAGGCUGCAGCAGGAAUACAGCUUAAUCGGUACCAGCCCUGGUUUGGGAUUUAGACCUUUGCCCCCUGAUGUACGCAGCACCCUCAUCUGGUAUAAAGGAACGGGUUACGAUAGUUACAAGUAUUGGGAGGAUCAGCUAAUUGACUUUCUAUCAGUUUAUAAAAAGAAAGGUCAAACCGCCGGUGCUGGUCAGAACAUUUACAACUGCGACUUCAAGAACCUCCCGCCUCAAGGGAAAGUGUGCGAUGUGGACAUCCGAAGUUGGUCGCCAUGUAUAGAUGAGAAUCAUUUCUCGUUCCACAAAUCCUCUCCGUGUAUAUUUCUGAAAUUGAACAGGAUAUAUGGAUGGCGGCCGGAGUUCUACAAUGAAACGAGUGUCUUGCCCACCGAAAUGCCUUUAGAUCUCCAAUAUCAUAUCAAAAACAUAACAGACCACAAUCGUGAUAACGCAAAUAUGGUUUGGGUUUCCUGUCACGGUGAGACUCCAGCGGACAAGGAGAACAUUGGGCCGAUCAAGUACUUGCCAAACCAUGGUUUUCCCGGCUACUAUUAUCCGUAUAAUAAUGCAGAGGGUUAUCUGAGCCCCCUCGUUGCUGUGCACUUACAGCGACCCAGGACUGGUAUAGUCAUCAACAUUGAGUGUCGUGCUUGGGCGAGGAACAUCAAGUACAACAGAAGAGAUGGUCUCGGUGUUGUUCAUUUUGAGCUUAUGAUAGAGUAAUAUACAAAGCUAUAGUUUAUAUACUCUGGUCUUUCCAAAAACCAAAGCCCAUGAUACCAUUUUU